CCCCAAACUCUUGUUCUAAGGACCAAGUAGGGAGAUAGGAAUAAGCCUGGUAAGGAGAGGCUGGCCGGGGCCUCAGGUAUCUCUUCUGUCAGUGAGUGGAAGAAGCCAGGUGGCCGUGAUGGGGGCUGAGCUGCCCGUCUUCCUCCUGCUGACCCUCCUCGGCAGCUCACGUGGGGCAGGGCCGGGCAUGACUUUGCAACUGAAGCUGAAGGAGUCUUUCCUGGGAAAUUUCUCCUAUGAUUCCAGCUUCCUGGAAUUGCUCGAGAAGCUCUGCCUCCUCCUCCAUCUCCCAUCAGGGACCAACGUCACCCUCCAUCGUGCAGGAUCCCGACAGCACAUCUCCUGCAAAGUCUGAGAGCAAGUAAAGCCUUGUGCCCUCUUGGCUGGGGCUUUUGGGCCCUGGGGUGCUGUGGGGAGGCCCUGACCCAGUUUUCCAGGAGGCCCCCGGCCUGCGCAUGUGGCAGUAAAAUUGCUGAAUUCAG